AUAAUAAUAAUAAUAAUACAAAUCAAUUCAAUACAGUUACUAUGGGUAAUCCUAUUGGAUUUCUUAUUGUAUGGAUACAUUUAUCUGAUGGUUCAUCUAUUUUAUGGAAUCGAAUGACUGAGAUUUAUGAACGACUUUAUGGAAAAGAUAAAAUUCCAUUAAACUUAUCAAUUAAAAAUUGUCGACCUGAUUUAUUCUGGAUUGAAACUAGUUCACCUGGUUUGGUAGAAAGAAAACAACGUUCUGUGAGAAAAGUAUCUCCGAUUUCAACCUUUUCAUCAUCAGAAUCUUCUCAGACUUUAUCGGAAUCUUCAUUUAUUCGACGAAGCAGUGAUCGAUUUCCUGGUUUAUCCCGUCGUUCAGUACGUAUGAAACCACAUUUACUUCGAACUGGUGAUCAUUCCAUACCAAUUAAUCAACAAACAUACAGAAGUAUGUUACGCAACGGAAUCGCAAAGAAUGUCACAUUGAUUAAUGCAAGUAAUUAUUGGUCUGGUCCAGUAGUAUGGUUUCUUCAUAGAAAGAUCAAAUUUUCUGGUGAUAUAUUAGAAGUUGGACUAACAUCACCAAGUGGUAAUCUUCUAGUUCCACAUGUUCGUAUUCGUGGUGAAAUAAUAUCACCUAAAAAUAGUUUCUCUAUGAAUGAAUAUUUAAGAAGUAAUGAUAAUUAUGAAUUUGGUUCAAAACCUAUACAAGAAAUCAAGACCAAUGAAAGCAAUAUACAUGGUUCUAUGGCAUUUAAAGAUGCUCCUGGAUUUCACAAACUGGAUUAUUAUCAUCCUAUGUAUUCAUCAUCUUCAUCGUCAUCAUCGGAUAAAGUCUCUAGUCCACAAAACUCUCAGCUAUCUAAUACUAUUUCUAUAAAUUCUGAUGAUAUUAAUAUAGACGACAGACUAUCUAUUUUAUCUGAUGUUGGUGGUGGAAAUACUAAUCAUGUGGAAAAUAAAGAAUUAAUACAUGAUAGUAAAAAUAAACUAUCCAUUAAUCCCAGGAGUGGUAGUCGUAACAGUCGUAUUAGUGAAAAUAAUGACAAGGCUAACGAUGCAAAAACUAGUUCAAGACCAGCAUUAGAGAUGAGUAUGUAUAUUUUACUUGGUCUAUUUGCUGUAGUUGGACUUGUAUUUGCUGUCAAUUGUGGAGUUGUUGUUGUACGUUAUCGUUGGGAGAAGAUGAAUAUGAAUAACACUGAUGGUACCGACAAUAUUACUCGUGAUGGCAGCUGUAGUAUUGCUAGUGGUUGUGUUCGAGGGAAAUGUAAUAACUCACUUAAUGAUGAUAACAAUCCCUCUCAGUCUUUAACACUUACUGAUCCAGUAUCCAAUAAUAAUGAGAUGACAGAUCAUAGUCAAUUAAUGUCGGCUAUUUCUACUUCAUCAAAGUAUAAUUGGAAACAUCAUUCAAAGAGUGAUGCUGAUAAUCAAGAAAAACUAAUAUCCACUAAUAUUAAUAGUCAUAAUAAUAAUAAAGAACGGAAACGAACUAAACGAUCUGCUACAUCAGUGUUUAGCAGUCGUCAAAAACACAAGCCAUUGUUACAUCGUGAUUCAAGUUGGGUAUGGGUUGGUCGUCAACAUGUUAUCAAUGGACAAAAUGAAACUGAUAAACUAGAUGAAAACUUAAGUUCUCACCACCGUCCUCCUUCGCAUCAUCAUCAUCACCAUAGUCAGCCUAUUGGUUAUAAUUCGGAAUUAACUGAUUUUAGCACAACAGCGCCAAUUCCUACUACUAAUAACAUUAAUAAUAAUGGUAAUACCAAUGGUGUACCAAAAAUAGAUGCCAGCUUAUCUCGUCCAAAUAAACGUCCAGUACAAUUGAAUGGGAUGACAAAAAAAUCUACAACUGCUGUGUUAUCAGUUGGUGAAGCGGAUUUAUUAUUAUUACAAUCACCAUAUCGUGAAAGUGUAUGGCAAGAUACUUUACGUUCAGACAAUAUAGAAUCAGAUUCACGUUUCUUAUAUGUAGGAAAUGAUAAUCUUACACAACAAUUUGGAUAUACAAAUGAAAUACAACCUAACUCAUUUUUAUAUAAUCAAUUAUCUAUACCUGCUAGUAAUACACCUAAGAAUGAGUGUCAAACACUUGGUCGUCACACAAAACGUCAUACAACAGCAUUUACGCAGCGAAAUUAUCAGGGUCAAGAAUGUAGUAUCAGAAUAAUUAGUAAUCCAAUGUCAAAUAAGAAGCAACAUUAUCAUAUACAACAAGAACUAACUCAACAAUUUCUUAAUCCACAACUUUUCCUAUCAGAUUAUUCACCAGAAAAUAUGAAAUAUAUCAAUCAACAAACUAAUAAUAAUCAUAAUCAUAAUACAUUGACAAACUCUGUAAUAGUUAGUGAAUCCUGGUUAAACAACUCAAAUCCAUUGAUGAUGUUAAGUGGUAGUGCUAGUGCAUCAUUACAUCGUAAACAAAUAUCACCAGUUUAUUUACAUGAUGAAUGUACUACUAAAGUACAAUGUAAUGAUCUAUUGAAUCACACACUAUCAACUAUGAAUAAAUUGAAAAACGUGACAAGUAUAAAAAAUUCUCCUACGAUCUCAUCAUCAACUAAUCGACAUCAAUCUACAUGUCAAGUCUUAUCACCUUUACCUGUAUGUUUAUCACAGGUUUGUAACGAUGAAUCAAGUUUAACUACCUCAACUUCACAACAUCAACAUUAUCAACGUAAUGUUAAUCAAGAUUGGAUGAUUUCAGGUUAUCGUAGACAACCUUUAUUAAAUACAGAUGAUAUACAUCAUAAAGAUUUUUUAGAACAUACUAAUAGUAAUAAUCAAUCUACAAUAGAUAGACAAGAUUGUACAACAACAGAAAUGUUAAAUGUUUCUUCACCUAUAUGUCCAUUGAAUUCUCCAUGGCAAAUAAGACGAACAUUAGAGAAAUCAUUAAAACGAAAUCAAUCAGAUUGUUGUUCAAAUAAACAACAAUGUGAGUUACACAGUCCAUUAAUAGAUCAUGCUAAUAUCCAUGAAGAUCAUUUACAGCUUAAUGAAGUAUUAGAAUUAAAUGAAACUAGUUCAUUUAAUCAAAGUCCACCAAAUCCUCCAAUAAGAACUACAAGUCGUGGAGCUAUUACAUAUCAUACACUUGGUCAUUUAACAAGACAUAAUAAUAAUAAUAACACAAGUAAUCAACAUCCACGUCCACUUAGUUUGCCUCAAAGUUUUCAUGUCACAAAUGAAUUAUAUUCAGCAUUAUGUCAAACUGAUUCUUCUAAAGAAUGUGAUGUAAAACUUUUAACUGAAAAUAUUUAUAAAAAACAUAAAACUAAACCAAGUAACAUUGAUCCUACUAAUAACAGUAAAACCGACAUUUGUCAAGAUUGUCUUUUCACUUCAUCAUAUGAUAUUUCAUUAAAAUAUUUAAAUAAACAACAAAGUCCAAGUGAAGAAAGUUUAUGGUGGUAUCAUCCGGUACAUCAGAAACGGCGACGUAAACGUAAACAUCAAUCUAACAACAAAAAAUCUGUUGAUGAUAACAAAUCUAGUCAUCAUCAUCAUCAGCAUUUACAUAAUCAUCACUAUCAUCAAAAUCAUUAUGAUCAACCAACUAUAAAAGAACAUCAACAAUUAGAUAAUUCUAUAAAUAGUAUAUCGGAACAGUCAAAAGAUUUAUCAAUUCCUAUGACUACGAAAUAUGAUACAACUGAAUUAAAUGUUGACGUAAUAACAAGUAAUGAACUGUAUCCGGAUAAAGGUAUUGAUUCAAGACAAAAUUUAUGUGAAUAUAUGGAACCAAAUGAUCUAAAUCGAAAUAAAAUCCUAAUUAAUGAUCAUGAGAAAUUAAUAAUAACACCAAUACAACAUCAAGAUCAUUCUAUUAAAUCACAACAUCAUAAAACUAUAAAUCAAUAUCAAUCAAUAAAUUCACAAUCUGAUAUAAGUUGGGAACAAGAAUUAUUAUGUUUAUCCCAUGAUCGUUUAAUUGCUUAUUUUGCUGAAAUGAAAGAAUCUAAUGCUUAGCUUUAAUUCUAUUCAAUCAUGCUAUACAUAUAAAUGCUAUACAUUUAUCAUUGUGUAUAAAUUUUAUAUCAUUUUAAUAUUCUAUUACAAAGUCAUUAUAUUUGAAAAAUCAAUCUAAGUAUGUACAAUAUACAAUUCAAUGUUCAAUCUUUGUAAAUACAUUCAAAUCUAUAUAUAUAUAUAUAUAUACAUCUACAUGAAUAGGAAUCCAAUACAAUCUUAUCAACUAUGAGUUUUUCAUUCUUCUUCUUCUUCUUUGUUGUUGUUUUUUUUUCCAAAGAAAAAUAUUCUUUCUUCUUUUCUUACUAUUUUUUUCAUUUGUUUUAUAUAUACAAUUUAUUUAUGAUUAGAUAUUUGGGAAAAAAAUUAAUAAAUAAUUGAAUAAAAUAAAUUUAAACGAAACUAACAACGACAAAAAAAGAAAGAAAAAAGAGAGAAAAUAAUAUUGAAAAAAUCAAAUAAUCAAUUCGAUUAUUUUUUCUUUUUUUCUGUUUUUUUUUCUCUUUUUAGAAAAAGAAAUAAAGAAAACAAAACAUUUAAAAUACGCACAAAAAUUAAAUUUUUAAAUCUGCAUUUCUUAUUUGGCAUUUUAUUUAAAACAAAGAAAUAUAUAUAUACAUACAUAUUGUUUAAAUAAUUGAAAUAUUGAAUAUAGGAUACUACUUAUAUACUACUUAUAUAUAUUUCAUAGUUGAAAGCAUGAGUCAAUUGAAGCUAGACAACCGAGGAAAAUCUGGAAACACUGGACGGCCGUUUC